ACUUGUCAGGGGGUGCCACGUAAGGUCGCCAGGUCUCCCCCGGGGCCUCCUGCUCUGGGGACGGAGCCCCGGCCGCCUACUCGUGGCUGCUGCUAGUCGGGCGCCGGGGCGGACGGCGGGGCCGGGCUCCGGACGAGCCCCAGGGCGUCCAGCUUAGAACGCAGCUCGCUGACGCCCCGGCCUUUCCUAAACAGUCCGUGAGGCCGGGUCUAGGAGGGAGCCUCUUAGGAAAGUCCCCGCGGGCUGAGGGGACCAACUGCUGAAGCUGGCACGGUCGUCUCGGGAGCGACUUCUCCUGUAAUGGCGCCUGCGUCAAACACUAACAUGGCGGACUAGUUCGUGCGCGGCGCAAACGUCAGCACCUCUACCCCAGCGGCUCAGAAACAGCGGAGGAGAGCGGGGCCGUGCUCGCUGAUUGGCUCGUGGGUGGAGCGUGCCCGGCCGGACGCUCCCCUGACAGCCAAUAAGGAAAGGGAUAAAAGGAAUUGGCCGCUGCGCCUCCUCCAGAUGCAUGCUGGGAGCCUGGAGGACUAGCGAGGAGGAGUUGAGAGAACGGAGCGGACGCCAUGGCGGCCGACAUCGAGCAGGUUUUUAGGUCUUUCGUGGUCAGUAAAUUCCGGGAAAUACAACAGGAGCUUUCCAGCGGAAGGAGUGAAGGCCAGCUGAAUGGUGAAACAAAUGCACCCAUUGAAGGAAGCCAGACAGGUGACCCAGCUGCCUCUGCAAGGAGUCUCCCAAAUGAAGAAAUAGUACAGAAGAUAGAAGAAGUCCUUUCUGGGGUCUUAGACACAGAACUACGAUAUAAAACAGACUUGAAGGAAGCCUCCAGAAAAAGUAGAUGUGUAUCUGUACAAACAGAUCCUACUGAUGAAGUUCCUACCAAAAAGUCAAAGAAGCAUAAAAAGCACAAAAACAAAAAGAAGAAAAAGAAGAAAGAAAAGGAAAAAAAAUAUAAAAAUCAACCAGAAGAAGCUGAGGCCAAGCUGAAAUCUCAUCGUGACAGGAAUGUUGAUCUAGAGUCUGAUUCCUUUUUAAAGUUUGAUUCUGAACCUUCAGCAGCAAUGGCACUGGAACAUCCUGUAAGAGUAUUUGGCUUAUCUGAGGCACGUGAAACCCCUUUAGUGCUAGAACCUCCAAUAGGAUCAGUGGAAGCUCAGGAGUCACACGUUUUAGAGACUCUGAAGCCUCCUACAAAAACUGCAGAACUGUCUGUUGGAUCUACAUCAGUAAUCUCAGAGCAACCUGAGCAGCCUGUGUCAGUUACGAUGGAACCCUCAACGACCAAGAGUCUGGAUUCCUUUGCAGCAGCACCAGUGCCUAUGUCAACAGCAGUGCUGAAGUCACCUGAGCCCGUUGUAACAAUGUCAGUGGAGUAUCAGAAGUCUGUGCUGAAAUCUUUGGAGACUACGCCUCCAGAGAUAUCAAAGACCACGCUGGUAGAGCUUCCCAUAGCAAAAGUGCUUGAGCCACCAGAAACCCUCAUGAUAGUAUCAGAGAUACCUACUGAGGUGCACCCUGAACCAAGCCCAUCAACAAUGGAUUUUCCAGAGUCAUCUACAACUGAUGCACUAAGAUUGCCAGAGCAGCCUGUAGAAGCACCGUCGGAGAUUGCAGAUUCAUCCGUGACAAGACCUCAGGAGUCAGUGGAGCAGCCUAAGACCACAGCGGUGGAGCUGCAGGAGUCGUCGGUGGCCUCAGCCCUGGAGUUGCCGGGGCCACCUGCGACCUCCAUGAUGGAGUUGCAGGGGCCCCCUGUGACUCCAGUGCUGGAGUUGCCUGGGCCCUCUGCCACCCCGGUGGCAGAGUUGUCAGGGCCCCUUUCCACCCCAGUGCCUGAGUUGCCAGGGCCCCCUGCGACAGUAGUGCCUGAGUUGCCGGGGCCCUCUGUGACACCAGUGCCACAGUUGUUGCAGGAAUUGCCAGGGCCUCCAGCACCAUCCGUGGGGUUGGAGCCACCACAGGAGGUACCAGAGCCGCCUGUGAUGGCACAGGAGUUGCCAGGGGUGCCUGCAGUGUCAGCGGCAAUGGAGUUGACAGGGCAGCCUGCAGUAACAGUAGCAAUGGAGUUGACCGAACAACCUGUGACGACGACAGAGUUCGAGCAGCCCGUGGCGAUGACAUCGGUGGAACAUCCUGAGGUGACAACAGCAACAGGGUUGCUGGGGCAGCCGGAGGCAAUGGUGCUGGAGUUGCCAGGACAACCAGUGGCAACCACAGCUCUGGAGUUGUCUGGGCAGCCUUCAGUGACUGGGGUGCCAGAGUUGUCAGGGCUGCCUUCGGCAACUAGGGCACUGGAGUUGUCAGGGCAGCCUGUGGCAACUGGGGCACUGGAGUUGCCUGGGCAGCUCAUGGCAACUGGGGCACUGGAGUUCUCAGGGCAGUCUGGGGCAGCUGGAGCCCUGGAGCUUUUGGGGCAGCCCCUGGCAACAGGGGUGCUGGAGUUACCAGGGCAGCCUGGGGCGCCAGAGUUGCCUGGGCAGCCCGUGGCAACUGUGGCGCUGGAGAUCUCUGUUCAGUCUGUGGUGACAACAUCGGAGCUGUCAACGAUGACCGUGUCGCAGUCUCUGGAGGUGCCCUCGACGACAGCGCUGGAAUCCUAUAAUACGGUAGCACAGGAGCUGCCUUCUACAUUGGUGGGGGAGACUUCUGUAACAGUAGGAGUGGAUCCCUUGAUGGCCCAAGAAUCCCAUAUGUUAGCUUCUAACACCAUGGAUACCCAUAUGUUAGCAUCCAACACCAUGGACUCCCAAAUGCUAGCAUCCAACACUAUGGAUUCUCAGAUGCUAGCAUCUAAUACCAUGGAUUCGCAGAUGUUAGCAUCUAGCACCAUGGACUCCCAGAUGUUAGCCUCUAGCACAAUGGACUCCCAGAUGUUAGCAACUAGCUCCAUGGACUCCCAGAUGUUAGCAACCAGCAGUAUGGACUCCCAGAUGUUAGCAACCAGUUCCAUGGAUUCCCAGAUGUUAGCAACCAGCAGUAUGGAUUCCCAGAUGUUAGCAACCAGCUCCAUGGACUCCCAGAUGUUAGCGACCAGCAGUAUGGACUCCCAGAUGUUAGCGACCAGCAGUAUGGACUCUCAGAUGUUAGCGACCAGCAGUAUGGACUCCCAGAUGUUAGCAACCAGUUCCAUGGACUCCCAAAUGUUAGCAUCUGGUGCUAUGGAUUCUCAAAUGCUAGCUUCCGGCACCAUGGAUGCUCAGAUGUUAGCAUCUGGUACUAUGGAUGCCCAAAUGUUAGCAUCUAGUACCCAGGAUUCUGCUAUGAUGGGUUCAAAAUCUCCUGAUCCUUACAGGUUAGCUCAGGAUCCUUACAGAUUAGCUCAGGAUCCCUAUAGGUUGGGUCAUGACCCCUAUAGGUUAGGGCAUGAUGCUUACCGGUUAGGACAGGACCCCUAUAGGUUAGGCCAUGAUCCCUACAGACUAACUCCUGAUCCCUAUAGGAUGUCACCCAGACCGUACAGAAUAGCACCCAGGUCCUAUAGAAUAGCACCUAGGCCAUACAGAUUAGCACCCAGACCCUUGAUGUUAGCAUCUAGACGUUCUAUGAUGAUGUCCUAUGCUGCAGAACGUUCCAUGAUGUCAUCUUAUGAGCGCUCUAUGAUGUCUUACGAACGCUCCAUGAUGUCGCCCAUGGCUGAGCGCUCUAUGAUGUCAGCCUAUGAACGCUCUAUGAUGUCAGCUUAUGAGCGCUCCAUGAUGUCACCUAUGGCUGAGCGCUCUAUGAUGUCAGCUUAUGAACGCUCUAUGAUGUCAGCUUACGAACGCUCCAUGAUGUCCCCUAUGGCUGAUCGAUCUAUGAUGUCCAUGGGUGCUGACCGGUCCAUGAUGUCAUCGUACUCUGCAGCUGACCGAUCUAUGAUGUCAUCAUACUCUGCAGCUGACCGAUCUAUGAUGUCAUCUUACACUGAUCGAUCAAUGAUGUCUAUGGCAGCUGAUUCUUAUACUGAUUCUUACACUGAUUCCUAUACGGAGGCAUAUAUGGUGCCUCCUUUGCCUCCUGAAGAGCCCCCAACAAUGCCACCAUUACCACCUGAGGAACCACCAAUGACGCCACCAUUGCCUCCUGAGGAACCACCAGAGGGUCCGGCAUUAUCCGGUGAACAGUCGGUAUUAACAGCUGAGAAUACUUGGUCUACAGAGGUGACAUUACCUACUGAAGAAUCUGUAUCACAGCCUGAGCCUCCUGUGAGUCAAAGUGAGAUUUCAGAGCCUUUGGCAGUACCUGCUAAUUAUUCAGUAUCAGAAUCUGAGACUUCAAUGUUAGCAUCAGAGGCUAUUAUGACUGUUCCAGAACCUGCACAGGAGCCAGAGUCUUCAGUCAUAUCAACACCAGUUGACUCUGCUGUUGUAGCAGAACAUGAAAUGGUUACUGAGAGACCAGUGACUUACAUGGUUUCUGAGGCUACCAUAUCAGCUGAACAAACUGUGCUAUCAGAGCCUUCUGUUAUGUCGGAGACAUCGGAAACAUAUGAUUCCAUGAGACCAUCAGGACAUGCUAUUUCAGAGGUAUCUAUGUCCCUCCUGGAGCCAGCAGUAACUAUUUCACAGCCAGCAGAGAGCAGUCUGGAGCUUCCGUCCAUGGCUGUCCCAGCACCUCCCACUAUGACUACCCCAGAAUCUCCUGCUGUUGCUGUCCCAGAACUUUCAGCUGUGGCCAGCCAAGAACUUGCCAUUAUGGUUGUUCCAGAAACCCCCACUGUGGCUGUCUCAGAACCUCCUGCUGUGACUGCCCCAGACCCUUCUGCUAUGACUACUCCAGAACUUUCCUCCAUGCCUGUCUUAGAACCUCCUGUGGCUGUCCCAGAGGUUCCAGCUUUGGCUGACCCAGAGCAUGCUACAACUGCAGGAUCAGGUGGUUCUUCCCUGGAGCCUUCUGUGCCUGUCUUGGAACCAGCGGUAUCAGUCGUUCAACCUGUUAUGGUUGUUUCAGAACCAUGUGUUCCUGUCCAGGAACCUACUGUGGCCAUUUCAGAACCUGCUGUCACAGUUUCAGAGCAUAGUCAAGUAAUAUCCCCGGAGAUGGCUUUAGAGCCUUCACCACCAAUAGGGGAGUCCAGUGUUUUUUCAUCACAUGUCAUAAAAGAAAGGAAUUUACUUUCUGGUGAUCAAAGUUUUGGUCCAGAGGUUGGCAUGCAGGAGAUUCUGUUGCAUUCAGGUGAAGAGCCACAUGAUGGAGGGCACUUGAAAAGUGACUUGUAUGAAAAUGAAUAUGACAGAAAUACAGACCUUACUAUAAAUAGUCAUUUAAUUGCUAAAGAUGAUACAGUGUGUUCCGCUGCCAUUGGUUCUGUUGGUGAAGCAAGUGAAGAGAAAAUCAUGCCUGUUGAGGCUAAGGAAGUCACAGAAUUGGAUACCUGUCCUGCUGUCAGUGAAGCUGAUGCGGGAAGAAGCCUAUCUUCUCAACUAGCUCUGGAACCAGAUACAACGGGAACUAGUAAGGGGUUGGACUUUGUUACAGCAUCUGUUCCCAGUUUAGAUUAUAAAUAUGAUGGUGAUGUAUCUUUAACCACUCAAGAUACUGAACAUGACAUGGUAAUUUCCACCAGCCCUAGUGGUGGCAGUGAAGCUGACAUAGAGGGACCUUUGCCUGCAAAGGACAUUCAUCUUGAUUUACCAUCAGCAAAUCUUGUUUGUAAGGAUACAGAAGACUCAUUGCUCAUAAAAGAGAAUGACCAGACAGUAGCAGUUGCUCUUAGCCCUAAAGAAAGCAAUGAAGAUAAAGAAGUACCUCCUCCCAAUAAAGAAACAGUUCCUGAUUCAGGAUACCCUGCCAGCAUUGAUGAGAUUAACGAAGCUGACUUAGUGAGACCAUUACUUCCUAAGGACAUGGAACGUCUUACAAGCCUUAGAGCUGGCAUUGAAGGACCUUUACUUGCAAGUGAAGUUGAACGGGACAGAUUGGCUGCCAGUCCAGUUGUAAUUAGUAUACCAGAAAGAGCCUCAGAGUCGUCUUCAGAGGAAAAGGAUGACUAUGAAAUUUUUGUCAAAGUUAAGGACACACAUGAAAAAAGCAAGAAAAAUAAAAACCGUGACAAAGGUGAAAAAGAGAAGAAAAGGGACUCUUCAUUAAGGUCUCGGAGUAAGCGCUCCAAGUCUUCUGAACAUAAGUCACGCAAGCGUACCAGUGAGUCUCGUUCUAGAGCAAGGAAGAGGUCAUCUAAGUCCAAGUCUCAUCGUUCUCAAACACGUUCACGAUCACGUUCAAGACGCAGGAGGAGGAGUAGCAGAUCAAGAUCUAAGUCUAGAGGAAGGCGGUCUGUAUCAAAAGAGAAACGCAAAAGAUCUCCAAAGCACAGGUCCAAGUCCAGGGAAAGGAAAAGGAAAAGAUCAAGCUCCCGGGACAACCGCAAAACAGUUCGGGCUCGGAGUCGGACUCCAAGUCGUCGCAGUCGGAGUCACACUCCUAGUCGGCGGAGAAGGUCUAGAUCUGCCGGUAGAAGGAGGAGUUUCAGCAUUUCCCCCAGCCGCAGGAGCCGCACCCCUAGCCGCAGGAGCCGCACCCCUAGCCGAAGGAGCCGCACCCCCAGCCGAAGGAGCCGCACCCCCAGCCGCAGGAGUCGCACCCCUAGCCGAAGGAGCCGCACCCCUAGCCGCAGAAGAAGAUCAAGAUCUGUAGUAAGAAGACGAAGCUUCAGUAUAUCACCAGUCAGAUUGAGGCGAUCAAGAACACCUUUAAGAAGAAGGUUUAGUAGAUCUCCCCUUCGUCGUAAAAGAUCCAGGUCUUCUGAAAGAGGCAGAUCACCCAAACGUCUAACAGAUUUGGAUAAGGCUCAAUUACUUGAGAUAGCCAAAGCUAAUGCAGCUGCCAUGUGUGCUAAGGCUGGUGUUCCUUUACCACCAAACCUAAAGCCUGCCCCUCCACCUACAAUAGAAGAGAAAGUUGCUAAGAAGUCUGGAGGAGCUACCAUAGAAGAACUAACGGAGAAAUGCAAACAGAUUGCACAGAGUAAAGAAGAUGAUGAUGUAAUAGUGAAUAAACCUCAUGUUUCGGAUGAAGAGGAAGAAGAGCCUCCUUUUUAUCACCAUCCCUUUAAACUCAGUGAACCCAAGCCUAUCUUUUUCAAUCUGAAUAUUGCUGCAGCAAAACCAACUCCACCAAAAAGCCAAGUAACAUUAACAAAGGAAUUUCCUGUGUCAUCUGGAUCUCAGCAUCGGAAAAAAGAAGCCGAUAGUGUUUAUGGAGAAUGGGUUCCUGUAGAGAAAAACGGUGAAGAAAACAAGGAUGACGAUAAUGUUUUCAGCAGCAGCUUGCCCUCAGAGCCUGUGGACAUCUCAACAGCAAUGAGUGAACGGGCACUUGCUCAGAAGAGACUCAGCGAGAAUGCAUUUGACCUUGAGGCCAUGAGUAUGUUAAAUCGAGCUCAAGAACGGAUUGAUGCCUGGGCUCAGUUGAACUCUAUCCCUGGGCAGUUCACAGGAAGUACAGGAGUGCAAGUCCUAACACAGGAACAGCUGGCUAAUACUGGUGCCCAAGCCUGGAUUAAAAAGGAUCAGUUUUUAAGAGCAGCCCCAGUAACUGGAGGAAUGGGUGCUGUCUUGAUGAGAAAAAUGGGCUGGAGAGAAGGAGAAGGGCUAGGAAAGAACAAAGAAGGAAAUAAGGAACCCAUCCUCGUUGAUUUUAAGACAGACCGGAAAGGUCUUGUUGCAGUAGGAGAGAGAGCACAGAAGAGGUCUGGGAACUUCUCUGCUGCAAUGAAAGACUUAUCAGGCAAACAUCCUGUGUCUGCCUUGAUGGAAAUCUGUAAUAAAAGAAGGUGGCAACCACCUGAAUUUCUCUUGGUCCAUGAUAGUGGCCCAGAUCAUCGCAAACAUUUUCUCUUUAGGGUAUUGAUUAAUGGAAGCGCUUACCAGCCCAGCUUUGCCAGCCCUAAUAAGAAGCAUGCUAAAGCCACAGCAGCUACUGUGGUUCUUCAAGCAAUGGGCCUUGUACCAAAGGACCUCAUGGCUAAUGCCACUUGCUUCAGGAGUGCCUCACGUAGAUAGAUUGAGGUUUUAUAUUAAUCAUUUCAGAUAAUUUUACUCUGCAUCACAAUGUAUUUCCUCCUUAAUGUUGUAAAUAUUUCACAAUUUAAGACAUUGUGUAAAAAGCAAUCUGUACAAACAUCUCCAGGCUUUGGUUUUUGUACCAUGGAAAUUGUAUUUAACCAUACAGGGUUUUGGUAUGUUUAUAUUGUUUACCUUAGUGAUGUAUUUGUUUAAGUGGCUAACAUCAAAACAAUUGUUUGAAGGCAUCAGUAAUAUUCAGUGUGGAAUGUUAAAUAACGCUUUUAUACUGUAUUUUGUACUAUGAUGUAACUCCCCUUCCUUAUGGCUAGGCUACUGUAACACUUGCCUGUAAUCAGUGAAGGGCUGUGCACCUUGUACUAUUUCACAAUGGGUUCUGCUGGACAGAUACUGGGCCAGUGUUAUUAAAGUAAUGAAGCAAGAUCUGUUCCACAGGGCUAAUGCCACCAUCCCCCCCCUUAAAUUUUUGUAGAGGUUAUGAAAAGAAAGUGAUCUGUUGUGUCAUGAUCAGCACUAAGUCCUGCAUUCCCAUUAAAGCCACUUGGAUCAUAAGAAGGGAGUGAAUGGAAGUCCAACUAGAAUUUUACUUCAGAGGCCAAGUACAUAUUUAGUAUGGCUUGAGUUGUGAUAUAGUUUUACUUUGAUGUGCAUUUUGAAUUUCAGCUACACCUAGAUAGACGUAAAUAAAAAUGCUGUAACCAACUUACCUAAUAAAAAUUGGCAAUCAGCCACUAUUUUGUUGAAUAUGAGAAAGUUUAAGUUGAUGUUAAUUUUUUAGGGUCUGAUAGAAUAUUCAUGUGUAUUACAGUGGUAUUCAUAUGCUAUGUCUCUAAACUUUAUUUUCAAAAGCUUAAGGCCCAAAUACAACCUUCUCUGGAAUAAA